AUGAUUGCCUUGCUGGAGACCCUCCUGGUGGCUGCGAGCAUCCUGAGUCUGGGGGUCAGCCUGUGGAUCCUGCGGGAGCCUCUGCUCGCCUUCGACGUUCCGCCUGCCGUCCGCCAUCCAGUGAGGUUUUGGGUCCUGCACUGCCUCAUGCAGCUGACAGUCACCUGGGGCUACAUACUUGAGAAGCUGGGGAUUUGCUCCAUGCCCAGGUUUGUCCGCUUCCUGCAGGACAGACUGACCAUAAAGAACAACCGUGAAGUGGUGGUGACAGACCUGCGUUUUGGGACAAUCCCCGUGAGGCUGUUCCGGCCCAAGGCCGCGUCCUCCAGCCUGCGGCGCGGCAUCCUCUUCUACCACGGAGGGGCCUCCAUAUUCGGCAGCCUGGACAGUUACCACAACGUGUGCAGUUUCCUGGCCCGGGAGACGGACUCCGUGCUGCUGUCUGUCGGGUACCGCAAGGCCCUGGAGCACCAUUACCCUGUGGCCAUCACAGACUGCCUCAACGCCUCCAUCUACUUCCUGAAGACCCUGGAAGCCUACGGGGUGGACCCCUCCAGGGUGGUGGCCUGUGGAGACAGCAUUGGAGGAAUGAUUGUGGCCAUAAUCACCCAGACCUUGGUGGGCAGAACAGAUCUUCCCCAGCUCCGGGCUCAGGUCCUGGUUUAUCCCGUUAUACAGGCCAUCAAUUUACAGUUACCCUCCUUUCAGCAGAACCAAAAUGUCCCAUUCCUUUCUGUACAACUCAUGAUGACAUGUGUGUGUUCAUACCUGGCCAUUGACCUCUCCUGGAAAGACGCCAUUUUGAAAGGGGCAUGUAUACCCCGUGAUUUCUGGAACAAGUACAGGAAGUGGCUCAGCUCUGACAACCUCCCCAAGAGGUUCAGGACCAAAGGCCAGCAACCUGAGACCCUUGCACCUUUUAAUGAGGCCGCCUAUCUGGAAACCAAACACAUUUUGGAUGUAGAAAACGCACCCCUCAUAGCAGAAGAUAAGAUCAUCGCUCAGCUUCCUGAGGCCUUCCUGGUGAGCUGUGAGCUGGACAUGCUCCGGGAUGACUCCCUGCUAUAUAAGAAGCGCUUGGAAGACCAGGGUGUCCGUGUGACCUGGUACCACGUGGAGGAUGGCUUUCAUGGAUGCUUAGUUUUAUUUGAUAAGAUGUUUUUCUCUUUCCCAUGCUCCCUGAAUAUUAUGAAUGCUGUAGUCAAUUAUAUAAAGGGCCUAUGA